AGAGCGAGAGAAACAGGGAAGUUCAGAGACAGCUGUUACACAUUUAAUUUUUAAACAACACUACACUACUCAGUGUCAGUAAGUAGCAUUGGAAACGGUAUAUAAGGAUCACUGAAGUAGCCACUAAAGUCAUCGGAUAUGUAUUGUUUUUAGCUUAUAUUCACGUAAGUAGUAGCUAGCUAAAAGCUGCCAUUCAGAAGACAUGUAACGUUGUAGUAAAACAAAAUAGUCCUCUUUGUUUUUCAUGGCCGUCAUUUAGCUCUAGCUGAAGUUAAUGAAGGUUUAUAGUGUAAUGAGUGACGUUACAGACACACCAUGCAGAAAGAAAACGGACCAGUACUUGACUAGAAAGAACCUGAUGACUGGUAAGCUCUCUAGUGUUAUAAACCGUCUCUUCAAUGGAGAGAGGCAGCGAGGAGGAGGCAGCUGCUGAUGAAGAGGAUGGAGACCAGGCUGUUGGCUGGAGAGUGAAGCCAGGCAGGUCGGAGGAUGAAGAAGUGUCACAUGCAUGUAACACAUCCAGAGGUGGAGUACCAGACCCUUCUAUGGACAUUUUGGCCCUGAAGCUCUGCAGAGCACUUGUGUGCCAGAAUCAGGAAAAAUCAGACAGGGACACUGGACCAACAGUAUCAAGUGGUGUGAUGUCUGAGGACCAAGCAGAGCCAGAAAGGGAUGCUCCGUCUUUGUCUCCGUCCAGCCUCAUGGACACCUAUGGUCUCUCUACAUCAAGCCUCUCCUCCUCUUACUUCUCCACCCCUCACCAUGCCAAUUUUUCUUCAUCCUUGUCGUCCUCUUCCUCUGUCUUGUCUCUGACUCCACCUUUGCCCCCCUCUGUGGAUCUCUCAGCUGUGUUGACUGACACAAGGCUGACCCUGGAUGUGUACCAGGGAGGAGCAGCUGCACUGCCUCUGCUUUGGGGGUCCAUCCCAGGGCAGCUGAGGGGCCUCCAGUACCUGAGACUGGGCUCUGAGGAUAAACCAGGCCUGGAUGGUGCACUGGAAGUUUUGCCCCAUCUGACAGAGCUGCGUUCACUGGCUGUUCGGGGACACUGUUUUUAUGACUUGCACAGUGACCCACUGCCUGGCCUCCUCACCACUUUGCCCACAUCUCUGUCCUCCCUCUCUCUUCUGGUGCACCUGGAUCUCUCCUUCAACCAGCUCUCCUGUCUGCCAUCCUGCCUCCUCAGCUUGCCUGCGCUGUCCUCUUUGCUCCUCUGUCACAACCACAUCUCAGCCUUGCCCCCUGAUAUAGGCCAGCUGUCCUCCCUCACCUACCUCUCCCUCCUGGGAAACGAGCUGGUCUCUCUUCCCCCGAGUCUGGGUCAGCUGAAAGCAAUACAGACACUGGAUAUUUCACAUAAUCUCCUUCAGAAGCUACCUGAUGAAAUUGGUUCUCUGGAGGGGCUUGUUAAAUUGGAAUUAUCCCACAACAAGCUGAAGCAGCUACCAGAGAGUAUGGGCUCCCUCCUGUCUCUCAGGGAGCUUGUCAUCUACAGCAAUGACCUCCGCCUGAUCCCACAUUGUCUGAACAAACUGCCUCUGCUGAAAAUAGAUGUGCGUGACAAUCCUUUGGGACGACCUCCAACCCCUCCUCCUCUCCCUCCUACACCUGAUCAAGCAGAAACAAAACUCCAAGAGUUGCACCUCGGAUUAAAUCAGCACAGUUUCUGUGUGUCGUCUGCUGGAUGUCAUGUGUUUCUCCCAGGGGGGGCUGAGCUGCUGUUCCCCCCGGGCUGCCUGGCGAGAACCGCACGACUGAAGUGGGUUGAGAAAAGGCCAGAAAGGAAGUUGGUGUGUCUGCAGGAGCAUGACAUCUUGCUGAGUCGUCCACUCGAACUUCGUCCUCAUGGAAUUACGUUUCUAAAGCCUGUCGAGGUGUGCGUGCCAUAUCAUCGGACAAAAAGAAGGGAGGUGGUGGUGCAUAAGUUUGACGGACGGUCAUGGAGCACUCUGGCCACUGUUCUGAGGAGAGGAAGCGAGAGCCAUAGCAGCCACCCUGGUGGACGUCCAGCCAGACUGGCCUGCUGCUCAGUGAGCCAGUUCUCCUGGUUCAUGGCAGUGGCCCGUCCAACAAAGGACAGUUGCUCUGUUACACAAGCUGGAGCCCUGCUGGUAUCCAGCGCUGACCCUGGAGUCAAGCUCCACUUCCCUCCAGACUCCACCGUGCAGACCCGCACUGUAACCUUGCAGGUGUUGCAGGUGUCUGUGUCAGAGGUACAGGCACUGUGUGGAGAUCCUCAGGCCAGAGUUAGCCCCCUCCUCUGCCUCUCACAGACUCCCAGCAUGGAUUUCCUGCAGCCUAUCAAAGUUCAGGUCCCUCUGCCAUCUGGAGUCACAGGCCAUACAGUUGAUAUGUCCUGUUUGCAUCUGCUGCAUGGAGACCCCACUGCCCAAACCUGGACUGACAUUACAUCGCAAGUGUCUCUCUACGUCACCCAUCUGUAUGCCAUUUUCUACAUCUCGCAUUUCUCCUGGUACUGGCUGUGGUACACCACUCAUCGCUGUGUGAGUGGAGUUGUCAGGAAGGUCUAUCAAAGGCUAAAACAGUUCAAAGUCCAGUUCCUGGUCCUGCAGAGGAAAACUGAUCCUUCACAAGUAAUGCUGCAGUGUUUACCUGCUAACAAGGUGGAUGGCAGAGUGCAGUCUUUGUCGGAGCAGUACGACGGACCCCAGCCAUCAGACCUGUGUGACCUGCUGGAAGGAGAGCAGUUCUUCGCCGGCUUUGAGAAAGGCUUAGACAUCAGCACAGAGAGCCCAGACUGUGUGGCGGGAAGACUGUGUUUUGUGUUUUACUCCAGCCUGAAGAAUCUGAAGGAAGUGUUCAUCUGUCCAGCUCAGGGUCAGGAGGGGGCAGUGAGGGGACAAGUGUCUUUUUAUAGAGGGGAGAUUCCCAGCAACCUCCCAGAGGAAAUAGCAAGAAAGAGGAAAGGACCCGACAGCCAGUGGCUGGCAACUUUACCACUGAGACUUCCUGCUCUAAACUCAGAAAAUAAUUUCAUCAUGGACGAGCACCAGUAUCCUCCGCUGAACCUGGGUGACCCUGAGAGCGGCUACCUGACAGAGGCCAACCUGCUGUCCAUCUCUCUUCAGAUCGCACAGGACUGGCGUGUUAUUGGCAUCAAUCUUGGCUUAAGCUACCAGGAGUUGGACCGCAUCCAGUACAAGUACAGGGACAACUUGGGAGGCUUGGUGCUGGACAUGCUGUUCCACUGGGCCCGGGGACAGAAGAACGCAGGACCAGGAGCGGCGUCAAGACUGGUGGCCGCUAUGAUCGAGAGCGACAGGAAAGACCUAGCAGAAGAGAUCGAGGACAUUGUCAGUAUAGGAAGGAGAAAGUACUCUGAGUCACUGAAGAGGGUGGGCCUGGAAGGAGAGGGCUCCUCCCUCGGUGAAACGCAGCAGUAGAUGAACCCACACUGGGUGCAGAUGGCUGACUUACACUUGAGUAACCUGUUUGUUUAUAAUGUGCCCCUACCAUCUCAUCCAGCUGUCUAAACAAAUGUCCUGGAGGGCAAAAAAAAAUCUAUAUUAACAUAAUCAUGACAGCCAGCUAACAGCUGGUGGCAUCUUUAGAGGACCUUCAGAAGAGAGGGGAGAUGCAUAAACUGCACAUAGAUGAUUGCUAAAGAAAAAAACUGUCUUGGUAUGGCAGACUAUUUCCACCAGGAAAAUAAAACAUUAAUUAAAAGUUAUAUAUUAUAAAAAUAAAAAUACUCAUGGUAAGUACAAAUAGUGAAAUAAACCCAUAAAUAGCUUAAAUACUGCAGGGCUACAAUGUCCACUAAUUUGUUACACCACUGCUCCUAAUUAGACUAAAUACUUUUUUGGAGCCCUGCAGUGCAAUUAUUUGUUUAUUUCAUAUUUAAAAGUCACUUUUAUUUAUUUUUUAACCAAAUAUUAAAUAUUUUUGCUUGGUAUCUCAAAAAUGUGAUUAUUUAAUCAGGAUUUUGUCUUAGUAAAUUUUUUUUUUUUUACUCAGGAAGUCAGAUCUUUGACUAUGCUGUAUUAUUUUGACUUACCACCAGUAUUUAAAAAAAAAAAAAAAAGUCAUUUUUUUUCCACAAUUCUUGGCACAAAGACUACCAUUACCUGUUCAGGACAGAGUUAAAAGGCAAAGCUAACACUGAAACAACACUGAAAAUGCAAGAGGAGGCUGUUUUUAUGGUUGAUUGAAUUUCUUCCUUGUGUGCCUUUGGUCACCUAGAAACCGGCUUAGCUGCAGCACAUAUCAGUGACAUAUCAGGACCGUAGACUUUUUAAAAUGUAGGAAUUUCCACUAUUUUCAUCUCUAGUAAAAACUGUUAUGUAAAAAAAAAA